CACCAUACAUACAAGGCUACGGGUACACAUGCGCAGUUGUGCGUUUGAUCGAGAAGCCGAAACUACGAAAGAAUGGCACAUCUGUCAACAAAUCCUGCUGAUAAAAACCGAUGGAUCUGUAUCUAUCCAGCGUACAUUAACAGCAAGAAAACUAAUGCAGAAGGGAGAAAAAUACCCAAGGAAAGAGCUUUAGAAAAUCCUACUCUAGCUGAAUUGAGAGAUGUAUGCCAAGCAGUAGGGUUGCCUGUUGCAACAGAAGGCACCAAGAUGUACCCUAGAGAUCAAAACAGAGAUCCAACCUUCAGAGGUAGAGUAAGAGUUCAGCUGAAGAAUGCAGAUGGAACAUUUGUCUCUGACCAGUUCAAGACUAGAAAAGAUGUCAUGUUCCAACUUACAGAGAUGAUCCCCAAGCUAAAAUCAAGAACUCAAAAACAAGGUGGAAGUGAACAGCAACCACAGAGCAGUACAGGCAAGAAAGGAAAGAAGAAAGGGAAGAGAUAACAUUCUUUACUGUCAAUCUAAUACAUAAUGUAGAGAGUAGACAUAAAAGAUAAGAGUUCAUAGUUAUUUCAUUCCCAUGUUCAUAGAAUAUCUGUGACAAAGAGUAAAUCAUGUCUUUGCAAUUCUUUAGUAACAUUUACAAAAAUUACAUAGAUUUACUAGAUAUAAGUGAUUAUUACCUAUACAAGGCAUCUUAGCAGUUAAAUAUCAUAUUUCGCUCGCUGUUUUCAAUCCGAGACAAACGAGGUAAACAUUUGCCAUGAUGCCCUCCCGGGCUUUGCCCAUAGGAAUCCUGUACAAAAACAGGGCAAUAUUGGCCAUAUUUCUGCUAGUGUGCGUGUGCAGUAGGAGCCGAUUUUGAUCGCUAAUUUCAGUAUUUGAGAAAUCUGGUUGUAACCAGUUUAUGAACCAACGCAUGCGCAGCGUGGCCAGUGCAUACACAAAACCAAGCGCAAGAUUUAUAUGCGUUAUUAUUUCGUGCCAUGCAUGAUGCGCAACUGCAAGGUAACAAUUGCUUAGGGUUACUUCACAAAGUUCAUGAUAAGUCUGAAAUCAGGAGUGAUAAGCAAAUAGGCAUAUAAAUUGUUCUGAAUAAUACCUUGAAUAACACAUAGUACAGCCAUAGGUAAUAAUAAUAAUAUUGACUGGCUCUUCUUUUGGGAAACAUCAAAUAUAUCGCCCUUAAAAGAGCCAUAUUGACUCGGGCCAAUAUGAUUCUGUUGUGGACGACAUAUUUGAUGUUCUCCUCAAGGCCAGUCAAUAUUAUAUAAAUAUUACACUGGAUGGGGGUGAGGAUACAUUUAAGGUGAAGUAUUGAUAUUUUCCCCCUCUAAAGUGAAGUCUCACCAACUUCUUUAGUUCAGGAUCAAUAUACAAUUGCUUAAAAAUAACCAUAUUUAUUGGAUAGAUGUUUCCCUCAUAUUCAUUUGAUAAUUUUUUCAAAAAAUUAUUAUGGCAGAGUGGACAUGAAGAAGGGCCAUUUUUGCACAUGAUACACAAAUGUUGGCCAUUUGAUAUCAAGUCACUUCUCUGUGCAUACAAUCUCAUACAUUGCUAGUGUUUGGACUUGGCAUCUUUGAAAAUGAUGAGAUUCGUUUGAUGUAUUGAUUUUGAUUUUUUUUUAAAUUGAAUUUUAAAUCAGCCUGGAAAACACUUUUUGAAUGAUUACUUUUAAAUGUGGAACGCAUUCAUUGUUUCCUGUAGAGGUCUCAUGGUAUGCCAUUAUUUAUUUAUUAAUUUUUUUUUUUUGGGGGGGACAUGUGUUUGGUCCUGAAAACCGGAUGACUCAAACUUAAUAUUUCCCCAGAAGAAUAUGAUUCUCCUUUAAGACAGCAACAACAUGCCUAAAGUAGAAGUUUUUUUCUGAAGAUUGCCAUUUCCCUGAAGACAUCAAUAAUAUAAUUACAGAAAUAUUCAUUUAUGUAUCAUGGCUGACAUGAUUUUACAUAUCUGUUAAGCCAUUUGAGCUAAAGAUUGUACUUAUCAAUAAACAUACAAUUAAAGACUACUAAUUGUCCAGCUCUAUUACUUGUUGGGAAGUUGGUACUGCCAUUUUUCUCCCAAUAUACUGCCAGGUUUAUUUCAUGCAAAAAAGGUGUUAGACAGUCUAAAAAAUCAUUUCAGACUCGACCCUGUUGCCAAAACAAUGACAUUUUUUGCAGUCCAAUUGCAACUUCUGUGGAAUCUACGAGUUUGUUUAGCGGUUUAGCAUUGUGUCAAUGAUAGUUAAUGCUGAAAUGAUCCUUCUACCUUUUUAUGUACAAUGUGGUCCAUAUUUUAUUUAUCAAUUCAAUUGUACACUUUAAUGAUACAAUUCGUGCUUCGUAUUCUUUGGAAAGAAAUAGUGGUUAGAGCUCAUUUAUCUCUUUGGUCCCCCCCCCUCCCCUCCCCCAUGACUUGCUUGUUGUGCAAACUUUCUCUGUGGCAGAUUAGAGAAGCAUCAUAAAAUUUCAAUAUUUUACAUUUGAUAUAGGGGAAGGCGAGGUAAGUUGGGUCAUUUUUUGCUUUGUUCAUGUUAGAACUUAUAUUAUUCAUAAUCUUGUAGAAAUAUUAUACCUUGCCUUAAAAUUUAAUUCUUGGGAAUUUUUGUUUACCUAUAUAUAACAUUCUACCCCCACACUGAAAGUCACUGUCACCUUUGAAAAAAAAAGAUGUUAAAUGGCUCAACUUGCCCCACCCAUGGGGUAAAUUUGUAUUUUUCCCUCUGAUUUUUUGUUUUUGUUUCAACAUUGAAAACAAUAUGGUGGGGUUAGGGGUUAUGCAAUGGGUCAUCAAUAUACAUGUAUGGCACCACCACAAUGUCUGACUCAUUCAUUAUUGGCCUGGGGGUGGUGGCUCAACUUACCCUAUGCUCAACUUACCCUGCCUUCCCCUACUGUUCAAUGGGAAAGAUUCAUCUUUGCUCCCUUCAGUGGCUUUGAAGACUACCAUGCCAAGCUAUCCGAGUCCGACAUACUAAAGUAAUAGUACAUCUUAACAUUAUCUUGCAAUCAGUUCCUGCAUGUAGUGUUGGAAUUAAUCCAAUACUUAAAUAUAAUUUUACGCGAUGAUCAUGACUUUGAUAGCAAAUUAACUGUACUUUCACUUAGACAUACCUGUGUCCCUAAACAUAAAGCUCAAUGAUUAAUUAUAGGAAUGAUUGUCAUAAUUGAUUGUACAAGUAUCUCAUGAUCAUUUCAUUGUUUGUUCAAUCUCUAAAGUUGGUAAUGUGGCCUAGCAAUGGAUCAAAGUUAGAGCUUGUAUGUAGAGUAGAAACUUACUAUAUAAAGGUACCGGUUAACAAUAAUCCUUAUGAUUCAGUUCUCUAGAGUCUUUUAAAAUACAGUGAACUUUUUAGUAUAACACGGAAAUUGUAUUUUCCUGAGAAACUUGGAUACUUGAUUUCUACUGGAUGGCACAUUUCCCCCUUAAUAUCGACAACUCCUGAAUCAUGUUUCAGACAUGCCCAUGAAUAGGUUGACUUGUUGACCAUUUUGUGUUUCAUUUGUUGUUUCUUCUAUCCUAUGUUUAUCCUUGUUAUGGCAAAUACUUUUUAGGAGGUGGUAGAAAAAUUGCUGCCGAUAUUUAUAAAAGUUUAUUAUCUUCCAUGCAAAAUAAAAUACAAUAAACUGAAAACAA